AUGUUGGCUUUCAUCUCUGUGCUAGUGUUCUUCGGUCAUUGUGGAUUCGCUCAAUACUUCAGCGGCCCAUGCCUUUGUUCGCUACCCACUCGAUCCACCUUUCAGCCGUACAAUCCGCUCGGAUCUCAAUCGUCCUCUUUUCAACCUCAUUUUCAAGGUCCACUCCAACCACAAAUUCAGUCUCAGACACCCCUACGACCUGGCGCUGAACCUCACAGCGCUUGUCCACCAGCCCCGCCAUGUCCUCCCAUUCCUGCAUCAUGUAUUUUGCCUGCUUCAGGAGGAUAUCAUCCUUAUUCAAGUUUUCCCAAUAUACCGGUUCGAUCAGGAUAUUCGCCUGUGAUAAGUCCGUCUGUGACUGGCUACGAUUACACUGCGCCUUACAACUAUUACAACCUCUUGAGAGAAAAAGAACGACUAAACGCUCAUUUGCCCGCACAUUUGGACGUAUCGGAAAUUGCUCGUCAAAAUAUUCAUGCGUCACCAUUUGAUACGGCCGACGUAACACCGGUUAAGGCCACUGAAAAAACAGCGUCCGAAGAAAACGUUUUCCAUGCCCAAAAAGCGCCUCUGGAAGGAAUCGCUCAAGCGGAACCCUUCUGGGCGAAGCUGACUGGCGCUGAACGUUCCGCAGUAGCCGCAUAUAUGAAGAAUGCCAUGCUAUCACAAUACACGACCGCAUCAAAAGCCCAUCAACUAAAUGCGCAGAAUAUUCCAGUGCCAGAAAUUGGUGUGCCCCAUGACCACGAGAAUGAUAACGCAGUUUUCAGUCAAACCCAAACUCCUCUGAACGAUUGCUGUAUUCGAUGUGCUGGUUUGUGUCAUUAUCGUAGCAGAAGGAAUUUGGAUUCUGUGAGCAACGGACAAAAAGAUCACAAUGGCACAACAGAAGCAGAGGAAUCGCUGGCGGAGACAAAGUGCAACAGCGAGAAGCUUCGCAAUAUCAUGAAGACGGCAAUCAGCAGAAGUGUAACAUCAUCGAAACGUGAUAUACAAAAGUUGGCUGAAGACACGCUUGGUGGUUACUUUCAUGUGAUUUGUUCGAUGCAAGAUUUUAGUUACGUGGCUCGAACCAACAUGUUUUGUCAAGCCCAAUACGACGAUGUGCAUUGCUAUGCAUUUCAAACACUGUCGUUGUGA